CAUUAUCAAUGCAGUAAACGUGCACUCUACAUCCCUCUAAGAUGGCAGCGGAACAAGGCAACUCGACACCGUCAAAGACGACAGAGAUUCCUGAAAAAGGAAAACUGGUGCUUCAUCAGUUUGCUCCUCAAAAAGACAUCCCGAGUCAUUCGGCGUUUUGCUUGAAACUAGAGACGUAUCUGCGUAUGUCCGAUGUUCCUUACGAAAACCGAUAUGGAAUGAAGAGAUCUGCCAAGGGAAAACUGCCAUGGAUAGAGUACAAGGGCCAAGAGAUUCCAGAUUCCUCGUUCUGUAUUGAUUUUAUAAACAAGGAGUUCGAGGUAGAUCUCAAUAAGGACCUUAGUGAUGUUAAUAAGGGAGCAGCUAAGGCCUUUCAACGACUAGCGGAAGAAAACUGUUACUGGACAAUUAAUUAUCAUCGAUACAUCGUCACAUCGGAUGAGUAUUUCAAGAAUUCUUUCCCAACGGCAUUUCGAUGGUUUUUGGUGAAGAUGGUACGCAAGAAUGUUCGUAAUAAUCUGCAUGCUCACGGUAUUGGUCGCCACUCCAAGGAUGAAAUAUACCGCAUUGCACAAGACGACUUGAAAGCCAUAUCACAAUACCUUGGUGAGAAGACGUAUUUCUUCGGCGACAGCCCUACAACAGUUGAUGCCACGCUGUUCGGAAUCUUGGCCCAAAUUGUUUGGGCGAUGCCAGGAUCGCCCCAUGAAAAGUUCGCCACGGAGGAGUGCACUAACUUAAAGCCUUACUGUGAAAGAAUCAAAGAGAAAUAUUACCCAGACUGGGAUGAAUUAUUAGCUAAGACCAAAGGAUCCAAAGCGGAUGCAGCUCCGGCAGAAGAGACUAAAGAAGAAGAAAAGAAAGAUGAAGUUGAAGGUGAAACAAAAGAAGAGGAAGCAGAGGAAGACAAAAAAGAUGGUGAUGAUGGAGAUAAAGCGGCCAACGGAGAGGCAGGCGGUGAUGAAAAUGCAGCUGAUGAGAAACCAGACGGUGAAAGUGGUGACAAAGGCGGCGGGGAAGGCGAAGCCAAAGAAUAAAAUCUCUCAUAAUCAGUGUUCAAUCUUCUAAAAUACAACCGAACUUAGAGGCUCUAAGGGCUUUGUAUAUUAAUGUAUAUUCAUCUGCCAGUAAUUAGUAUCCUGUAGCUUUCUAUGAUAUUCUCUCUUAUACUAGACAUGUAAUAGUUAGUGACGUAACGCUUUAGUAGAGUCCUGGCACACUUGGAGCCUCUAUAUGAAUAAAACAAAACAAAAAAACUAGACAUACCUGUCCACACAGUGAAAGUUACCCAUUUGUUUAUAGACUUGAAGCAUACAAAUAGUUAUGAGUUGAUCAUGUGACUUGUUAUUAUGAUCACUAAAAUCUUCAGUUCUUGUACAGCAAAUGGAUCAUUUUUACUAAUAUUAUAAUAUUACUAGUUGCAUUUUAUGGCGUUUUUAUUGUUUUCACAUUCUAUACAUAAGUAUAUGUGUGAAGUAUGCCAGCGUCAGUGCGUUUUUGUCAUUAUUAGUAUUAUGUGCUUCCCAUCAUGCACCUGGUCCAAUAAUCCGUGUUGCAGGCAAUAUCUGAACACUAUGUUUGUUUAUUGCGAAUAACAAGGGAUUAGUGGAACAAUGUCAUGUUUUUUUUUGUUUCCAGCAUAUACUGCCAGCCAACCACUAUGGUGCUAAAUAGUCAGUGAUUGGUCAGAUGAAAUGAUACGAUAUUCUGAUUGGUUAACUGGAUGAAACGAUAUCGUUUAUUGGACAUCUCAACUGUUAUAACUGAAUCUGUUCAUGUUUAGUGACGGAUAGAAUAGUUAUAUUUCUGAUCUCUCAAAAUUUAAUGCUAUCUUUGAUUGGAUAAUGUGUUAUCCAAUGAUAUCGAUGAUUACAUGGUUAGAUAUCUAACGAUAUCGUUGAUUGGACAUGUUCAUAUCUAACGACUUCAUUUUAAUUUCCAAAUAUUUUAUUUGUUAGACAUUUGCCAAGGUUUGAAUGAAAACGAAACGUAUUCUUUUUAUUUUCAAGCAUGUUAUGAAACAGUUUUAAUUAAAUCACGUGACGUGUCUUCAUUAUUGACCGGACAUGGUAGGCGACGACAUUUUACAAAUUGUCUUCCGAAUUUUCGAUAAUCUCGACUGUAUGUGUCAUUUGAUUUUGGCGAAUUGUGAGUCAUUACUCAGUUAUAAAAAGAUAACGUUUUCAAGACAUUUCUAAGUUUAUUAGUUAUAUUUAUAUUUUUAUACUUAUUUUCCUCGUUUGAAUGAUAUUAUGCCACGAACCAACCAAUCACGUGAUCACGGCUAAUUUCACAAUCGAAGGAUCUGAAUAUCGACGUCAUGACAUUCCCAUGAGUUGCCAAGUAACGUGAAAGAUGGCGGCCUAGUUGGUUACGCUCAUACAGAUGUCAUCAGCUUUCGCAUAAAACAGGUGUCAGUAUACGCAGUGUAGACAAUGCUUAUUUUUGUAAUGGCAACUGAUUUAUUUAUAUCAAGGAUGGUGAUAGCACUGUGAUUUUAUUGUGAUGUGCCUAUUGACUUUUGUCUCGUCAACAUUCCUGAAUACUUUUUUUGUAAGACGUCGUUUCUUUAUUGCAGAUAUUGUGAAUAAUUCAUGAAAUAAAUGUUAUGUGGCGAAC